AUUUAGAAUUACUCAUCUGUCAAUAUAAACAACAUUACUUAACGCCUAAAUGGUGAUCAAGGAGUUCAAAUAGUUGACUCACGAAAUUUCCAAUGCCACCAUUUUUCAUCCAAUAUUUCCAAUCCCACCAUUUUUCCUACAUUCUCAAGUCUUUCUCACUCUCACCUGCUUCAGUUUAAGUGUUAAAACUUAAAACUCUUUCAUCCUUUGUACUUAAUCAUUCUUCUAUUUACCCAUACAUGACACACCCCUCUGUUUGUUCUCUGCUAAAGACAUGAUCAGACACAAGCACACACACCAUCUUCCAUCAAUUCUUCUCUCAAUUCUCUUUCUUUUCAACUCAACAUGUGCCAUAGAUUUCGUCUUCAACGGCUUCAACUCCUCUGAAGUGUUGCUCUUUGGCAACGCCACCGUCGAUUCUCGAAUUCUAACACUCACCCACCAGCAAAGAUUCUCCGUCGGUCGUGCCUUGUACAACAAAAAAAUCCCCACCAAGAAACCAAACUCUUCUCGCGUGUAUCCUUUCUCCACCUCUUUCAUCUUUGCCAUGGCACCGUUUGAAGACACUCUUCCGGGGCACGGCUUAGUUUUCAUCUUCACCCCUGUCACUGGCAUCCAAGGCACAAGUUCAGCCCAACACCUUGGUCUGUUCAACCUCACCAACAACGGCAACUCAAGUAAUCACGUGUUCGGUGUUGAGUUCGACGUGUUCCAGAACCAAGAGUUCGAUGACAUCGACGCCAACCAUGUUGGGAUUGACAUAAACUCUCUUAAAUCUUAUGUUUCCCAUGAUGCUGGAUAUUGGCCAGAUGGCGCUGACAAAUCCUUUAAGGAGUUGACGCUUAACAGUGGUGAGAAUUACCAAGUUUGGAUUGACUAUGAAGAUUCUUGGAUUAAUGUUACCAUGGCACCGGUGGGUAUGAAAAGGCCUAGUAGGCCUUUGUUGAAUGUUUCUCUCAACUUAUCUCAGGUUUUUGAGGAUGAAAUGUUUGUUGGGUUUACUAGUGCCACUGGCCAAUUAGUUGAGAGUCAUAAGAUUUUGGGGUGGAGUUUCAGUAAUGAGAAAUUUUCAUUAAGUGAUGAACUUAUUACUACCGGGUUACCAUCUUUUGUUCUUCCAAAAGAUUCAAUUUUUAAGUCCAAGGGGUUUGUUGCAGGGUUUACUGUUGGAGUUUUCUUUGUUAUUUGUCUCCUUGUUUUGUUGGCACUGUUUUUGAUUCAGAGAAAGCGUGAGAAAGAAAGGAAGAGGAUGGAAAUGGAAGACUGGGAGUUGGAGUAUUGGCCACACAGAAUGACAUAUGAAGAAAUUGAGGCAGCAACAAAGGGGUUCUCUGAGGAGAAUGUGAUUGGGGUUGGUGGGAAUGGGAAAGUCUACAAGGGUGUUCUACGAGGAGGGGUGGAGGUUGCUGUGAAGCGCAUUUCUCAUGAAAAUGAUGGUUUGCGAGAGUUUCUUGCUGAAGUUUCAAGUCUUGGGAGACUGAAGCAAAGGAAUCUGGUGGGGUUGAGAGGUUGGUGCAAGAAAGAUGUUGGGAAUUUCUUGUUAAUUUAUGACUACAUGGAAAAUGGGAGCUUGGACAAGAGGGUGUUUGAUUGUGAUGAGAGCAAGAUGUUAAGUUAUGAAGACAGGAUAAGGAUUCUAAAAGAUGUGGCUUUUGCAGUGUUGUACUUGCAUGAGGGGUGGGAAGAUAAGGUUGUGCACAGGGACAUCAAGGCCAGUAAUGUUCUACUUGAUAAGGAUAUGAAUGGAAGGCUCGGAGAUUUUGGGUUAGCCAGAAUGCAUAGCCAUGGUCAAGUUGCUAGCACCACAAAAUUGGUUGGAACAGUGGGGUACAUGGCCCCUGAAGUUUUUAAGACUGGAAGAGCUUCCACUCAGACAGAUGUUUACAUGUUUGGAAUCUUGAUUUUGGAGGUCUUGUGUGGAAGGAGACCUUUAGAAGAAGGUAAGCCACCUUUGGUGGAGUGGAUUUGGCAACUAAUGGUACAAGGGCAAGUUGAGUGUGCACUGGAUGAAAGGCUAAGGGCUAAGGGAGAGUUCAAUGUGCAAGAAAUGGAGAGGGUAAUGCACUUGGGUUUGUUGUGUGCCUACCCUGAACCAAAGACCAGACCCACAAUGAGACAAGUGGUGAAUGUUUUAGAGGGGAAGAAUGAGGUAGAGGACUCAGAAAUUGAGAAUAUGGAUACCUAUUUGCUCCAACAGUUAAAAUCAAGGGACAUAUUGUCUGAAUAUUCUCAGUAUUUUAGCUAUACGUCACACCCAACUUUCCAAGAUAUUCGUCUCUCUUCCUCAAUGUCUCUUACAUGGUCCGAAUCUGUAGUUGAGGGUAGGUGAACUUGUGUCAUGAAUGACAACAUAGAAUUUGGAUUCAUUUUCUGGCAGCAGGAGUUGGAUUUGGUGCUAGCGGAGACUGUGAGGCCAAAGCGCAUGCAUCAUUUAGCAAAUUCAUUUAUCAUCUUAUCGGAUUGGUUUGGAAGAAGAAAUAUAUUUUUCUUUUUUACAAUUCAACUUAUACACAGUCCAAUUUUAUAGUUUUGAAUUUUUUGUUGUACAGAAUGUACCAUUAUAGAUUUUGAUCUGAUAUAUUAUGCUUGAUUAGCUCUAUUGUAUAAAUUAUUGCUUUGACAGAA